GUGGCGAUGUGAGCGCGCCGCCGCUCGUGCUCGAGUUCAGCGAGGAAACAGUUGCUGUAGUAACGCGCACGUCCGCGUCUGAGGCUGAACGUGUUUGCUGAGGUGAGGGUGUGAUGUCAGCGUUAAAGAGUCUGGUACCUGCGCGCUUCCUCACACUCGCCGCUCACCUGGUCGUCGUCAUCACCAUCUUCUGGUCACGGAACAAUAACAUCCAGUCAUGUCUGCCACUGGAAUUCACUGAAGAACAAUUCAAAACAGAAGAUACACGGCUGCUGGUGGCUCUGUCUGUGACUCUGGGUCUGUUUGUGAUUGAACUGGCUGGAUUUCUCUCUGGAGUCUCCAUGUUCAACAGUAACCAGGCUGUGCUGUUGUGUUUCUCUGAACGUCCCGUCAGCUCUGUUCUCUCACGCCAGCGCCUGCGUCAGUCUGUCCUGCUUUGUUUUCCAGCAGUGGCCGUGCUGGACGUACUGGAUCAUAUUCAGCCUCUGCAGUGUGAUUCCAGCUCUGUUUGAGUUCAUUCUGCUCGUUUCGCUCAAGUCAAUGUGAGCGAUUCUUCAGCCGAGGACUCGAGGACAUGAAGACCCUGCUGAAGAAAACAGAUUCUGCUGGAUCAUGAUUUUACAGUUUGUUGUACAGAUAGAAAUGAGCACAGAUAUCAGAGAAUCACCCGAACAAAUGUAGAGAUUUGUGGAUAUUUCUCUUUUGUGUUUUUGUAAAGGAAUAAA